AUGACUAUGAAAGCAGUCAACUGCCUAAGAGGCCCUGCACAGUACCUCAGAACCCUGGCCAUUCCUGCACGUCAAUCACCAAUCAAAUCAUGCAUCGCGCAAUAUAGCUCCCACUCACCAAUGGGCUCGACAACCACCAACACACGCAAAAAUGUAACAAUCCAAACAAUUCAAAACCUCUACAAAAAGAACGAACCUAUUACAGUCCUCACAGCAUCCGAUUUCCCUAGCGGCCAUGUAGCCGACACAGCCGGUAUGGAAAUCGUGCUGGUAGGCGACAGCCUCGCAAUGGUCGCAAUGGGCAUGGAAGAUACAAACGAAGUAACAAUGGAUGAGAUGCUCCUCCACUGCCGCAGUGUAAAGCGCGCCGUCAAGAGCGCCUUCACUAUCGCAGACCUACCCAUGGGCUCAUACGAAACCAAUCCCGAACAAGCCCUAACAUCCGCCAUCCGGAUGGUAAAAGAAGGCGGUAUGAAGGGCGUGAAACUCGAAGGCGGAGCCGAAAUGGCAUCUACCAUCCGCAAGAUCUCUCAAGCCGGAAUCCCCGUCAUGGCGCACAUCGGACUAACGCCACAGCGACAGCACUCGCUCGGCGGGUUCCGCGUGCAGGGUAAGUCUGCUGCGGGCGCUGUGAAGCUUCUGCGGGAUGCGCUUGCUGUUCAGAAGGCGGGUGCUUGUAUGGUUCUUAUUGAGGCUGUGCCGCCUGAGAUUGCGGAGAUUGUGACGCGACGGCUGAGCGUGCCGACUAUUGGGAUUGGGUCUGGGAAUGGAUGUUCUGGACAGGUGCUUGUGCAGGUUGAUAUGUUGGGGAAUUUCCCUGAGGGGAGGUUUUUGCCGAAGGAGGAGGUUAAGAGUAGGGCUUUUCCUUCGCCGGAGUAUACUUAUUCGGUUUCUAAGGAGGUGGUGGAGGAGUUUGAGAAGGUUGUUGAUGAGGUUGUGGCGGCGGAGGAAUAA